GCAAUCAGGAGGCUUUUUCUACUGGAGAGACUGAGGCAGGGAUGGAGCAUGGACCAAGGAAACCUCCUACCCUGAUGCUGGAAGCCACAGAUUGCUGUGCGAGAGGAGGAUGCAGAUGGCCUUGGGUGUUUUGCCUUCCCCUCGUGCUGGCUUCCCUCCCUACAAUGGCUACUGGUGAAGAGAUCACACCUGCCCUGCAGGGCUCAUGGGGGGACUUCUGGCUCUUCCGUUUCUUUGUUAAUGCUGCUGGCUACGCGAGUAUUGUGGUACCGGGAUUCCUCCUCAUCCAGUACUUCAAGAGAAGGAAUUACCUGGAGACAGGCCGAGGCAUUUGCUUCCCUGUCAUCAAAUCAUGCGUGUUCGGCUCCGAGGUGAAGUCUGUACACCAGGAGGAUGGCUCCCUGGCACCCCGAGCAGAGCCCACAGAGUCCUCUACAGCCCGACAGGUCUUCAAGCUGCUCUUCUGCGCUGCUGGUCUACAGGCCUCCUACCUCACAUGGGGCGUCCUCCAGGAGCGUGUGAUGACGAGAACGUACGGUGCCACUGAAACGGACCCUGGUGAGAAGUUCAAGGACUCCCAGUUCCUAGUGUUCAUGAACCGUAUCCUGGCAUUCACGGUGGCUGGUCUGUACUGCGCCCUGACCAAGCAGCCACGCCACGGGGCUCCUAUGUACAAAUACUCCUUUGCCUCCCUCUCCAACAUCCUUAGUAGCUGGUGCCAGUAUGAGGCACUCAAAUACAUCAGCUUCCCCACCCAAGUGCUGGCCAAGGCUUCCAAAGUGAUCCCAGUGAUGAUGAUGGGCAAACUGGUAUCACGCAAGAGUUAUGAGUACUGGGAGUACCUGACUGCUGCCCUCAUCUCUGUGGGGGUCAGCAUGUUUCUGCUCUCCAGUGCUCCCAACAGGCACGUGUCCACUGUCACCACUUUCUCAGGCAUAGUCCUCCUGGCCGGCUACAUAAUCUUCGACAGCUUCACGUCCAACUGGCAGGACGCCCUCUUCACCUACAAGAUGUCUCCCGUGCAGAUGAUGUUUGGCGUCAAUGUCUUCUCCUGCCUUUUCACGGUGGGCUCACUGUUGGAGCAGGGUGCCUUGCUGGAAUCAUUACGCUUCAUGGCCCGCCACUCAGAGUUUACGGCCCACGCUGUGCUGCUCUCAGUGUGUUCCGCCUGCGGCCAGCUUUUCAUCUUCUACACCAUCAACCAGUUUGGGGCAGCCGUCUUCACCAUCAUCAUGACACUGCGCCAGGCCUUUGCCAUCCUCCUCUCCUGCCUCAUCUACGGGCACGCUGUCACUGUUGUGGGUGGGCUGGGCGUAGCUGUUGUCUUCAUGGCCCUCUUCCUCCGCGUCUAUGCCCGCAGCCGCAUGAAGAAGCGUAGUAAGAAGAUCCCGCCAGGCGAGACCCCUGUACAAAAGGUCUAAGGAGCUGGGGCCAUGGCAUUUAUGCCAUGCCUGCUGUCCUGCCUCCGCUCGGGGGUACUUGCUUGAUUUCUCAGAACCUGCUGAGGAGCAGGGUGGGCUAUGGAUAGGCUGGACCAGUGACUCGCUUUUCCACCUGCUUUUCCUGGGGAAGGGGCUGGAACAAGCCCAGGGAAUGCUCCAGGCUGCCACAGCUCCAAACCUUUCCAUUUGCCUUAAUGGGUCAAAGACUUGCAGCCAAGGCACCAGCCUAGGGGCUCACAUCCUGGGGGAAAACCAGCAUGGGGCUGCUGGUACUCCUGCCCCACCUCUUGUGGCUUCUCUCCAAAGUCACUGAUGAACAAGGGAGCUCUUUUCUCUGACACUGUCUUGCCUCUGGCUAAUGCUCCUCCAUUUCUGUCACUACUACAGAGCUCAGCAGGAGGAAAGGGCAAGCAAAACACUAGCUUUCUUUUUGAAACACCUCCACGUGAGGUAAGUCCUGAGCCUGUGCCAAGGAGGGGGAGCUCUCAGCUGCCCUCCCAGGAGGUGCUCCAGGUAGGACAGGCACAGCUAAGGGAAGGACUCCCAGCUUGUCCUACCCUAGGCCUGGGAUCUGCUCUGGGAGGGCAUGCUGCAGUGAAAGGCGGUACCUCCCAGUUUGGUUUUAUCAGCUCCUUGCCCCUGCUCUGAGACAGUUUUCUUUGCUCCCCUCAGCCCAGGCUGAUUUUGAGUUGUUCUAGGUUGCUUUUUUUGGUUACAUCUGCUGCUGUCACAGGCCAAAGGCUGCGCUGCCCAGAAGCCCCAGCAUCACCUCAGGUGUCUCAGUGCUGCGGUUUCUGGGCUUUGUAGUUGCCAUUCAGAGAAGCACAAAUAGCCCCUCUUCUUUCUGCCAACUGGAGGCAUUGGCCCUGGCUUUCCUGGGGCCUGGCCAGAGCCCCACUGUGCGUGGAGGGCUGAGAGAGAGGGCAGAGCCUGCUUGCAGUGCCUUGUUCCUGCUCCCCAGGCAGCAGGGGAUGCAGUGAGCAGGCAGCUGCUCCCCAGGCAGCAGGGGAUGGAGCAGUGGAAGCUGCUUUUCCCCAGGAGCCUGGGUUUUACUGGUUAAUCCUUUUCUCCUCAACACAACCUGACUGACAAAGCAGCAGGUUUUGGUACUUUUGAAAGACAACUUUUUUUCUCUUUUUAUUUUAUUAAAUUAAAAAUAUGCUGCA